AUGGAUCACUCCAGAGAUCCCUGUCCCUGGGUUGCGUUGAGCGAUUUCGGUGGUGCUUUCUGCAUGGGUGCUAUCGGUGGCGCUGUCUGGCACGGUGUCAAAGGAUUCAGAAACAGCCCCUAUGGUGAGCGGCGGAUAGGUGCUCUCACGGCCAUCAAGGCACGAGCACCCGUUCUCGGAGGUAACUUUGGUGUGUGGGGUGGUCUGUUCUCGACAUUCGACUGUGCGAUCAAAGGAAUUAGGAAGAAGGAGGAUCCUUACAAUGCCAUCAUUGCCGGUUUCUUCACUGGUGGUGCUUUGGCAAUCCGUGGUGGUUACAAGGCCGCCAGAAACUCUGCCAUUAUGUGCGCCGUUUUCCUGGGUGUUAUCGAAGGUGUUGGUAUUGGUUUCCAGAGGAUGAUGGCAGACAACACAAGGCUAGACCUUCCUCCCCCGCCUCCAGCGCCCGAGAAAGCAAUCGCAUAA